UUACCCAACAAAACUCGCUGCUCUCUCUCUCUCCCCUCGAAACUUUUCUCUCUCAUGCGCUACUCGCUCUCUCUCUCUCUCUCACAGUCUCAGUCAGUGUCCUCUGCCUCUCUUCUAGCCCUUCUCUUUCGUCUCUCUCCUCUUGCCACCACCGCCAUCGCGACGGCGCUGACCACCUCUCAUCUUGCCGUCAUGGCUUCGCUGACCCAUUUCUUCGAGUUCCGCCAUGGCUUCAAUUAUUGUCUCUUCUUCCUUCUUCAAUUCUCGCAAUCCAUUCUCUCCCUUUGAUCUAAACCAAUCAUUUUCUUUCGAUUUCUUGUUUGUUCCCAAGUCAAAGCCCUAAAUUUCGCUUGAUUUGUUGUUGAUCUGAUCUGAUUUGAGCUGAGAAAUCGUAUACAGUUUUAAUGGCUUCAACGAAGUCGUCUCGGUCAAGGGUACUGAAUAACACUGCAGCGAAGAGCAACAACCGCAAGGACUCGGGCAAUAAGCUCGAGGAAAAUCUCAACGUCUUCAAGUCCGAUAAUUUCGAUGCCGAUGGCUUUGUACAGUACAAGUGUAAUUCCUUGAACGAGAAGCAAUGCAAUCAAGUUUACCCAUGAAGGGAAGGUUGGAAUAAAUCUUUAUGUGGUACCAGCCCCAUCUUCGGUUAUGGAAGAUGGAUCCAAUCAGAAGAUCACUGCAGACAAGUCAAUAGUUUCAGUAAAUGUACACGAACUAGAUAAGUGUGUAUCAUUGUAUCAAAGUUGUUGCGAUCAAAAAGGUUUUCACGAAGAGAAACACGUGGAAGGUCCUUACAAAAACAACAAACUUCGUGACGAACCCACAAGCCCAGUUAGAAAUGGGGCCUCGAUAGAUGGAGGUGAAGAGAACCACCUUCAGCCAGAUGAAACAAUAGUAUGGAUAUAUUGCGAUGUUUAUGAUACGGGAAUUGGAAUACCGGAUGACAACAAACACAUUGGUAGAGAGUGCAGACAAGUGUUUUGCAAACGAAAGAAAAUGCAUGUUAGAAAAAGUUGUCGUCACUGUCCCAUCGUGUUAGAAAAAACAUUUGAAAGAAGUAGAAGAAAGAAAAAAAACAAGGGAGGUGCAACAAGAACAACUUAAUCAUAUGAACGACGUGGUUUUACAACUCACAACUCUGUUGCAGGGUUCAGACGGUCAUCGUCGUAUUUGGUAAGAAGAAUUUUAUUCAUAUGAUACUAAAAGUUCUACAAAAAAAUUUCACAUAUUGACAUUAUUGUUUUGGACCACUUGGAAUUAUUUUGACAUUAUACAAAUAAGAGGAGAAAAGAAAUAACACAUUAAUUCAUUAACUAAUUAAUUAAUUAUGUAAAAACAAUUCCAAGAGGAGCGGCAAGAAUAUUUAAUGAUGCAAAUUUCCUAUGUUAUAGCAAUAAUGGAAUUUCAUUAAAUGAUAAACUUAAAAAAAAAACACAUAGGACCUUGACAAAACAUCUUAAUUAGCACAUCUUCAGAAAUAGACUUGUGACAACAUACGUAAUGUAAUUCAGAUCCGUAAGUUGGGAGUAAGAGCCGAAUACGCCUUAAACUUAGUCGACAAAUGGCGUUCCAGGAGUGAAAAUUCAAAACAGCUCCCUCACCACCGUAUGGCUAUCACAGAUAGCUUCUCCAUGACAAUUAGGACCUAUGACAACAAACGGAAUGUAAUUUGGACCAGUAGGUUGGGAGUUAGAGCCGAAAACGCUUUAAACUUAAUUGAAAAAAAGUGUUUCAGGGGCAAAAAUUCAAAAUAGCCUCCGAACUAUCGUGACUCUCAUGGACAGCUUCCCCAUGAUAAAUAGGACUUGUGACAAUAGACGAAAUGUAAUUAAGACUCGUAGGUUGGGAGUUAGAGCAGAAAACGCCUUAAACUUAGUCGAAAAAAGACGUUCUGGGGGUGAAAAUUCAAAACAGCCCCCGCGCCACUGUAUGGCUGUCACAGAUAGCUUUCCCAUGACAAUUAGGACCUGUGACAACAGACGGAAUGCAAUUUAGACCCGUAGGUUGGGAGUUAGAGCCGAAAACGCCUUAAACAUAGUCAAAAAAAGGCAUUCUGGAGCAAAAAUUCAAAACAGCCCCCGAACCACUGUGUGACUCUCACGAAAAGCUUUCCUGUGACAAAUAGGACUUGUGACAACAGACAGAAUGUAAUUCGGACCCAUAGGUUGGGAGUUAGAGUAGAAAACGCCUUAAACUUAGUCGAAAAAAGGCGUUCCCGAGGUGAAAAUUCAAAACAGUCCCCUCACCACCGUAUGGCUAUCAUGAACAACUUCCCUAUCACAAUUAGGAUCUGUGACAAUAGACGGAAUGUAAUUUGGACCUGUAUGUUGGGAGUUAGAGCUGAAAACACCUUAAACAUAGUUGAAAAAGGGCGUUCUAGGGGCGAAAAUCCAAAACAG